CUCUGAAAAGCCUGUUCAACUGUGACGCCUUACAUCGAAACCAGAAGUUUCCUUCUUUCUUCCAUGGAUUGAUAGAUAAAUAUAAAUAUAUACACAUCCCUAACUUUUUCAAAUUCACAAUACUUGAGAACUUAAGCUGUUUGUGAAGUGAGCGAUAUAAUCAAAGAAAAUGGAGAGGAGACUUUAUGAAGCUGCAGUAGAGGGGAGCGUAAUUUCUUUGCUCAACCUUCUUCAAGAAGAUGCUCUACUUCUCGAUAGAAUCAUAGUGAACUGCUACGCCGAGACACCUUUGCAUGUAGCUUCCAUGCUGGGGCACACAGAAUUUGUUCAGGAGAUUCUAAAUCGAAAGCCUGAGCUAGCCAGAGAGCUUGAUUCCCGGGGAUCUACACCGCUUCACUUGGCAGCUGCAAAAGGGUACUUGGAUAUAGUUAAAAAAUUGGUAUCAAUUAAUUCUGAGAUGUGCCUUGUUGGUAAUAGAGAUGGAAGAAACCCUGUGCAUAUUGCAGCCAUCAAGGGCCACAUUAGUGUGUUGAGAGACAUGGUUCAAGCGAGACCCCAAGCAGCUCGAGUGUUGAUGGAUCAAGGUCAAACAAUUUUACAUGUGUGUGUGAGGUAUAACCAGUUGGAAUCAAUGAAGUUUUUGGUGGAGAAGAUGAACGACCGUGAGUUUGUGAAUUGUACAGAUAAUGAUGGCAACAGUAUUUUGCAUCUGGCGGUGGCUGAUAAACAAGUAGAGGCAAUAAAGUUUUUGCUUACAACUUCUAUGAUAGAAGUGAAUGCUCUCAAUUCAAAUGGCUUGACUGCCAUGGACAUUCUAACACGAAGUAGCAGAGAUAUGAAAGACUGGGAGAUCGGAGAAUUGCUUCGACAUGCUGGAGGAACACACACUACAGAGGAAAACAGAACUGAAACAUCAAAUGGCCAUGGAGAUAAUAAAAAACGUUCGAGAAAAUAUUUGAAGAAAUCAUCAGGAAAUGACAAUUGGGUAGAAAAGAAGCGCUUUCCCAUGAUGAUGGUGGCUUCACUGAUCGCCACCAUGUCAUUUCUUGCUAGUUUGAACCCUCCUGGUGGUUUGUGGCAAGACGACUUCGCCGGAAGCAACACAAAGUCACCUCAUCGGACGGGGUAUGCCAUAUUGGAAGAUUUCGAUUCAGACGAAUACACACGUUUCACAAAUUACAACACCACAAGUUUUGUGGCUUCUCUGGGCACCAUACUGUUUCUCCUGCUGAUAGGCGACUUGCCAUUUUUCAGGCAUAAGUUUUUUAUGUGGAUUUUAAUGGGCAUCAUGUGGAUUGCCAUCAACGCCACGUUCGAGACUUAUGUCCUCUCAAGAACUACGCUAGCCAAUGAAGGGUCGUACGUGGGUGUAUUAUACGUUUAUUUUGUGUGGCUAGUGUUUACGUUUUUUGUUCUUUUGGUGCACGUUAUUCGGAUGAUACGGUGGAUGACAAGAGGCUUGAUAAAAAUAUUGAGACGAAGAAGGAGAUCAGCCUCAAGCACAAGCGGUGAUCAUCCUCCACAUAUCGUCUAAUGAGUAGUCCAUAAGAUAUCAUGUGCUCCAGUUUAUCUUUAUAUGCUGUAAUCUUACAUAGAUUUUGAAGCUAUGCGUUAAACGUUUGUACGAUUGUAAUUAGAGAUCAACAUCAUGUAUUCUGUUUGAAUCGGUACCUUUUAUGGGUACUUAUGUUUAAAUAAAUAUAAAGGGGCUGGAUUGUAUGUGCUCCCAUGUGCAAUUGUAUUGAAA